GUUACAAUAUGCUCCAUCUCAGGACACUGGGCCAGAAGCUGAAUCUAGUUGCUGACAAAGGAUUCCUGUGAAAGGAUCAGGCUCUUCUAACAGAAUGGCCUGGAAUGCAACUUGCAAAAACUGGCUGACAGCAAAAGCUGCCCUGGAAUAUUACUACCUUCCCAUUUUUUAUGGGAUCGAGUUUGUUGUGGGAGUCGUUGGGAAUAUCCUUGUUGUUUUUGGCUACCUCUUCUGUCUGAAGAACUGGAAUAGCAGUAACAUCUAUCUCUUUAACCUCUCCAUCUCUGAUUUGGCUUUUAUGUGCACCCUCCCCAUGCUGAUGAGAAGUUAUUCCCUUGGAAAGUGGCCUUAUGGAGACGUUCUCUGCAUGAUCAACCGUUACCUGCUUCAUGCCAACCUCUACACCAGCAUCCUUUUCCUCACUUUUAUCAGCAUCGAUCGAUACCUACUCACAAAGUAUCCUUUCCGGGAGCACCUUCUGCAAAAGAAAGAGUUUGCUGUUGUGUUCUCUUUGAUAAUCUGGGCUUUAGUAACCUUAGAGCUACUGCCCAUACUUUCUCUUAUAAAUCCAGGCAUAACUGACAACCGCACUAACUGCACUGACUAUGCAAGCUCUGGGAACCCCCAGCACAACCUCAUUUACAGCAUGUGUCUCACCUUCUUGGGGUUCCUCCUUCCUCUUUUCUUGAUGUGCCUCUUUUAUUUUAAGAUUGCUCGCUUCCUAAAGCAGAGGAACCGGCAGGUGGCGACUGCUUUGCCCCUUGAGAAGCCCCUCAACUUAGUCAUCAUGGCGGUGGUGAUCUUCUCUGUGCUUUUCACUCCUUACCAUGUGCUACGGAACGUGAGAAUCGCCUCCCGCUUGGGCAGCUGGAAGAGCUCCUACUGCACGCAGGACAUCAUCCACUUUUUCUACAUCGUGACUCGACCUCUGGCCUUUCUGAACAGUGUCAUCAACCCUGUCUUCUACUUCUUAAUGGGUGACCACUUCAGGGAGAUGUUGAUGACUAAACUGAGGCACUACUUCAAAGCUUUCACAUCUUUUAGAAGAUGACCUCAUAGACCAAGAUAGUCAGGAGAAAAAUGAGACACCUGGGAAUUUGAUAGUUUCACAUGUGUAGCAAUUGUCUGGUUCGAAUUGAAUAAAUUCAUUGCUGUGUGUCAGAGAGGGUCCCAGAUCUAACCCUGAUUUCAAGACAUGGGAUACCUGGAAUAUGUAGGGGGGAGGAGAAGAAGAAACUAGAAUGAAUUUAUUGGCUUAUUCACCUUACAAUGGAAAGAAGUUGUACUCAUACCAUGUAAUGUUUGGCCAUGUGAUCCUGAUACCCUUAGGUGUUAUAAGAUCAUUCCAAUCUGUUUAAGAGGGAAUAAAAGAUAAAAGCAGAAAACUA